AUGUUUCCAGAUUUAUGGACUGUAUUACAUGGUAAAAUGAAAGAUUUGCAAGAAAAAGGAUUUGGCGAAAAAGAGGGAUCAAUGGCAUUAACAGCACAACAAGUUCAAGAAAUUCUUGCUGAUAAUUUUCUUAAUACAAAUACCCCUGAAGGCCUUUUAUAUUGA